UGUGUGUGUGUGUGUGUGUGAGCUCGGGGAGCGCAGGCAGCAGGGCUGAGAGUCUCUCUCUCGAGCCGGAGAGCUCACACACACUUCUCUGCAGGGAUGAUGAGGGGAACCACAGAAACACACUGACAGAAUGAGGCUGAAAUGAAGGCGUCCAUCCAUCCUCGUUGAUCCCCAGUAUGGCCGCGUGAGGAUGAAGGGGCUCGUCCGGGAACAUGUGUAGCGUUCAUUACAACCACAGUCUGGCGGCCAUGAGCAGCGGGGACAUCAUGGCCUAUUCCCUGAGCCUGGAGCAGAAGACGGCCUUCGCGUUUGUGGGGAUGUUGCUGGUGUUUCUGGGCUUGUUGAUCGUCAGGUGUUUCCGGAUCCUGUUGGACCCCUACAGUAGCAUGCCGUCCUCGAGCUGGGGCGACGGAGUCGAGGGGCUGGAGAAGGGCACGUUUGAAUACGCCCUCACCUGAGAACGCCGUCCAUGAAUGUACAUUUAAGCAUUUGGCAGACGCCUUUAUCCAAAGCGACUUACAUUGCAUUUCAAGGUACACGUUUACAUUCUUGUCAGUUCUUGCUUUCCCUGGGGAUCGAACCCAUGACCUCGGUUUUGCAAGCGCCAGCGCUCUACUGUUUGAGCUACAGGAAAGAUCAAAGCCUUCGCCAUAAAUCAUAAAGGCUUCACUUCAUACAGGGCCGACACUAAACGACUAACGACACUAAACGAAAACGUAAUGUCAAUGAUGCAAAUGAAAUGGCCAAAGACGUCAACUUGAUGCGGCGAUGGAUCACGAGAACGCGUCCUGCGUGAACGUCCUCAAGCGGAGAGAGAAUUCAUCAAGAUCUCCUACGUCAUACGCAGACCGUGUUUUUGUCUUGUUUUCCAGGAAAAAUACUGCAUCUAAACAUUCUUAAAUCAAGAUGACUUAAGAUAUUAGUAAGUGAUUUCUAAGAAAUGCUGUUAAAUUUUACAGGACUGAGCAGCACGACACACUAAUAGCCAAUCAGCAGUAGGGGGCGUGUCUACUCAUGAUGGGGGAGGAGAGAUUGAGCCAAUCAGCAGCAAUAGGGGGCGUAUCCAUUCAUGAAGGGGGAUGAGAGCGAGUGAGCCAAUCAUGAUUAGGGGGCGUGUCCACUCAAGCAAGCAAAUUUUAUUUAUAUAGCACUUUUCCAAACAAAUGAAUGCAGUUCAAAGAGCUUUACAGGCACAACAAUUAAAAGCAAAAAAACAAAAUAGAGGUAAAGUACAAGAAAAAAAAAAUAAAGAAGGGGAGGAGAGCGAGUUAGCCAAUCAGCAGAGGGGGCGUGUCCACCCAAGAAAGGGGUGGAGUGAGAUUGAGCAAAUCAGCAGUAGGGGCCGUAUCGACUCAUGACAUGGGAGGACAGAGUGAGCCAAUCAGCAGUAGGGGGUGUGUCCACUCAUGAUUGGGGAGGAGAGAAAGUGAGUAGGAGGGAGAUUUAAAGAAAGACUGUAGAAAGAGAGAUGGCUGAGAGACAUUACAACAAGAAAUAUUUCAGGCAAGAGUUUUAGGACACGCGUUUUCCAGCGCUGAGAGCCCUGAGCGGGAAAGCCUGAUAAUGCACCCAGAGGUUUCGUUGUUUCUACUCCAUACAUGAGUAACAUCUUCAGUCAUUUUUGCUUCUUCAGUAAAUGUAUCUUGAUUUAAGAAUGUUUAGAAAUUUGGAAAACAAGAUAAAAAAAAAAUGAGGAAGGACAUAAUUAGUUACAUAAUUUUACAGUGAAUUUGUUGUAUGAUGUCACAUCAUUUAGCCACUGGGCAUCUCAGGGAAGAGGAGAAAAGACUUGAAAAGAACACAAGAUGGCACAUGUGUGAGGAUGUAAACACAGUAAUCUCGCCCUUUCAUUCAUGCCGUCCGCCCGUUGGGUAUUGAAGUACGUUUGCGGCCUAACUCUCCUAUUUACUGUGAUCUAUAACUCACAUAACCUGCUGUUUCUGAGAAGCAUAAAUCUGAAAACAUCUGCACAGAUAUGAAACCACAGAGACUUUGAGAGGGAAAAUUCUUGGUAACGCUUCCUUUUAUAGUGCAGUUCUUAAGUGUACUUACAGUAUACUUACCUAGAAAGUACUGGCUAAUACUGCCAAUAUUAGUACAGCUAUACUGCUAAUACAAAGCACUGGUAAGUACAUGGGUUAGGGGUCGGUUCAGGGUUAGUACCUAGUUAUUACCCAGUAAAUGUAAUUCCUAUAAUAAGUACAUAGUACAUGGGUAACAGGACUGUAAAAAGAAGCGUUACCAAAUUCUUGAAUGUAAUGUCUGAAAUGGUGACACACACCACCUCCGUGUUUGUUUGUUUGUGUGACAGAAGGGUGUGUCACAUGACGACAGCAGUGUUUGUUUGUUUGUUUGUU